AUGGCAAAACGUUCUGAAGAAGUUAUGGAUAAAAAUAUCAAUAACAAUGAAAAUAUGGAGAGACCAAAAUUAUUCUGCCCACGAAUAUAUAUCUCGUCCUGCUGCUCCUUCUCCUACUUUUGCUCCACCUCUUGCUGCUCCUUCUCCUGCUCCUCCUCUCCUGCGCUUCCUCUUGCUGCUCCUCUUUCUCCUGCUGCUCCUCUUUCUGCUCCUUCUCCUGCUUCUGCGCCUUCUCUUGCUGCUCCUCCUUCUCCUGCUGCUCCUCUUCCUUCUGCUGUUCCUCCUGCCGCUCCUCUUCCUGCUGCUCCUCCUCGUCAGCUUACUCCUCUUCCUGCUGCUCCUCCUGCGGCUCCUCCUCUUGGAACAGCAGGAGGAGGAGUAGCAGCAGCUGGAGAAGGAGGAGCACGAUGA